UCUGUGUCACAGGCAGUCCGGCGUCCAUUCACCUGGCUGGCAGGAGACUGUAGCUGGCAUCUGCCUGUCUUCCUAUCUAUUGGCUGCGAGCUGCAGAGGAAGGGCUGGGGGAUUAAUUACACAGCAUUAACUUUUUGUGUAGCUUUAGGGUACAUGCUAAAAAAACGUCUGGGAGAGGCAACGACAGAAACGAGCAAAAGAAGAACCAGGAAAGCAUAAUUUGGGGAGUCAUUUGAUGACAUUUUUCGAUUUUUUUCCCCCCUCAAGGAUUUUCUAAUCUUCCUGUGCAGGAAAGUGAAUUUGCAAGAAACAGAAAGUCAAGACGCAGCAGAAGGUGUCGCCCCUCUGCCAUCCCCAGCUACCCAUAGGAAGGGGGAGACCCGUGGAUUAUGCACCUACAGCAAAGGAAUAGAAGAUGAAAGGGUCAACUGCCCUCUUAGUGGCACUGCACGCACUAAUAAUACUCCCUGAGCGCAGCUCCGGUCAGCAAGCAAGAUGCGACAAUAUCUACGACUCAGAUAUUGUAUUUCUGGUCGAUGGCUCAUCUAGUAUCGGAAGGGUGAACUUCCGGAUGAUUAGGACGUUUAUGGAGGGGUUGGUCCUCCCUUUUAUAAAUGUCAUCAAUCAGGACGGAGUGCGGUUUGCAGUUGUCCAAUACAGCGAUGACCCAAGAACAGAGUUCGAUUUCUCUCAAUACCAAAAUGGUUCCCAGGUGAUUCAGGCCAUAAGGACCCUGUCCUACAAGUCAGGGAACACACGGACGGGCUCUGGACUGAGAUAUGUUUCAGAUAACUUUUUUGGAACAUCCUUUCUGCGGCCCAACAUACCCAAGAUUGUAGUUUUGAUAACGGAUGGAAAAUCCCAGGAUGACGUUGACGAAGCAUCAGAGAGACUAAAGAGCCAAGGAAUAAAAAUCUUUGCUGUCGGAAUAAAAAAUGCUGACAGUCGGGAGCUGACCAGAGUAGCGUCUACUCCAGUAGAGGACUUCUUCUUCUAUGUCAAUGAUUUCAGGAUUCUGGGGACUCUUCUUCCGCUUGUAUCCCGCAAAGUCUGUGUAUCUACUGGAGGACUCUACAUUCCUGACAUCACCUCAGAAACUUAUACAGGACUUUCCAACCUGGUUUUCUCUGAUCAGACAGCAGACUCCAUGAGGAUACGAUGGACGGCAGCCACAGGGCCAGUUACUGGAUAUAAAAUUGUUUAUGGUCCCCUUACUGGUUUAGGACAGCAGAUCCCACUGGAGCUAAGAGAGAUCAGCCUGACCUCCGCACAGACGUCUACCCUCCUACAAAACCUCCGGGCCGGCACAGAUUAUUCGGUUACUGUGACCGCUUUAUAUGCCAACAGCAUUGGAGAGUCCGUCUCUGGCCGGGGAAAGACCUUAAUCCCCCUUGGCAUAUCCAACUUCAGAGUGACAGCGGCCGGCCCUUCCUUUCUGAGACUGGCAUGGACCGUUUCUGGAGGAGAACCCCCAUCAGGAUACAGGCUCACCUAUUCCACUAGAGAUGGAAGGACAGGAGAGAAGACCCUGAGUGGAAGUGCAUUGUCCGACACCCUCGGGGACCUCAGAUCCGAUACCGAGUAUAUUCUGGUGCUCUAUCCACAGUACCAGCAGCAGACUGGUGCAUCGGUCACUGUUACUGGCCGAACCCAGCGUUUAGGUGGAGUCACUGACCUGAACAUCCAAGAUGUGACCUCCCAAAGUAUGACAGCAACAUGGAGGGGGGUCAGAGAAGCCACUGGUUACCGAAUCUCCUGGGUAUCCCAAACAGGAGACGACACCAAAGAUUUCGAUGUUGGCCGAACCGUUUCUUCUUAUGCCAUCCAGAAUCUGCAGCCUAACACCGAGUACACCGUGUCCGUCAGCCCGCUCUUCGGAGCCACGGAAGGAGCAGCUGUGUCCACCCGAGUCAAAACAGAAUCUGGGAUUGCUCAGGUGCUCAGAACAUUUGCCAACAGUCCGACCUCCAUCCAGGUGACAUGGAAUCUCAUCCCCGAGGCCACAGGCUACCGGCUGGAGUGGAGACGAGAGAGAGGCGGCGCAAAAAGUCCACAGAUCGUGAACCUACCGACAACCAUCAACAACUAUGAGAUCACGGGUCUCCGGCCGGGAACAGAAUAUCGUAUCACACUGUUCACACUGUAUGAUGGCAAGGAAAUUGCGACACCUGCAACCACUUCUGAAACAGGUGCCAUUGGCUCAGUCACAAACUUGCGGCUCGUAGAUGCCACAGGCAGGCGGGUGCGGUUGUCAUGGAAUGGAUUAGCUGGUGCUACAGAAUACAAGGUUGUGAUUCGCAGUGCUGAUGGAAGCUUUGACAGAACGGUAAACGUUCCCGGCAACCGAAACGCGAUUGACAUCGAUGAGCUCCAAGAAGACAUAACUUACUAUGUCGCGGUAUCAGCGCUUAUAGGGAGGCGAGAGGGCUCCCCCGUGUCCAUCAGUGUCCGAACAGAAGCAGUGGGGGUUUCCAUCACAAACCUCCGUGUCUUGGAUGCAAGACGAGGACGUAUCGUUUUGGCGUGGAACGGCGCGCCCAGGGCCACGGAAUACAGAGUCUUCAUCAGAAAUUCAGAGGAUGGGACGGAGAGGAGUCAGGUGCUUCCUGGAGACCAGACAACGUAUGAACUCACAGAUAUACAAGAAGGCAUCACAUACACAGUGAGAAUCACGCCCGUGGUGGGGACCAGAGAGGGGAACCCUGUGGCCAUCAAUGUCAAGACAGAAGACACAGUGGUGGCCGGAGUUGCAAACCUUCGGGUAGUGGAGACAACACCAACCAGACUUAGGAUCGCGUGGACUGGGAUUGCCAGAGCUACUGGUUACAGGGUCACAUGGAGGCAAAGUGACGGUCGUGAGAUUAGCAGGACACUACCGGCAGGAACAGCGUCUUAUGACAUUGAACCUUUGCAGGGGAACACGGUUUAUGUCAUUGGGGUGACGGCUUUAAUUGGCAGCACUGAAACCAGCCCUGCCACCAUCACCGUUCGAACAGAGGAAGAUUCUGUUGACCAAGUGACAAACUUGCGAAGUACUAGUAUUGGAGACAAUACGAUACGCCUGCAGUGGAGCCCGGUUGCAAGAGCGACAAACUAUAGGAUCACCUGGAGGCGCAGAGACGGUGUUGAGGUUUCCAGGUUGGUGACCAGGGAUGUAACGUCCAUAGACAUCACAGACUUACUGCCUGGGACGGCCUACACCAUCUUCGUCUCCACUCUGAUCGGCACCACGGAGAGUGAACCCGUAUCGAUUGUUGCACAAACAGCUCGGCAGGAGGUUGGCGCUGUGACAAGUCUGCGGAUAUUUGAAAGCCAAAAUAUCAUAAGAGUGACAUGGGUCGGGGUUCAAGGAGCUACAUCCUAUAGAGUCUCCUGGAGCCCGGAGGAGGGUGGUCCCGAACAAACUAGAGAGGUGACGGGUAAUGCCAGCUCAUUCGAGCUGGUCGACCUGGAGCCAGGUGUCCGAUAUGUCGUCAAAGUCACGGCACUGGUGGGCAAUCGUCAGGGGGAACCGGUCUCUACGAGUGUGACAACACCGGACAUUCAGGCAAAUCCUGUGAGAGAUCUCAGAGUAACAGAUGUAUCACGUCAACGGGUGAGACUUACCUGGUCAGAAGCACCUGGAAGCACCGGAUACCUAAUCUACUGGAGACGGGUAGAUGGUGGACCCGAAUCAAGCCGGCAGGUGUCUGGGGACGUGAGGUACUAUGACAUCGACAACCUUCUCGCCGGCGCCCGCUAUCAGUUCCGUGUGAUCUCUCAAGUUGGGAGCCGGGAGAGUGAAGCUGUGUCGAUCCUAGCCAACACCGUCUGUGGGACCGGUAGGACGGACAUUGUGUUCAUGGUGCACACGACUCAGGAUAAUCAGUACAACGAGGAGAACAUCAAAAGGUUCCUCUCACAGGCCGUGUCCUCAGUGGGGCAGCUGGGACCCGAUGCUACGCAGAUUGCAAUUGGAGCCUACAGUUUCCGGCAGCGUCCCUCAGUCCUGCUGAACCGUUCCAGCGAGCUGCGGUCAGUUCUGCAACAAAUUCAGAACAUCCCGUUCUCUGAUCCCAGCGGGACCACCAUUGGUGGUGCCAUAGAUUUUGCAAGGAACUAUCUAUUCACCCGGGCCUACGGCAGAAGGCAGAAUGUUCCUGGUGUUCUGGUAAUUUUUGCAGAUACUCCAUCAUCAGAUGAUGUUCUACAAGCAGCGAAUGCCCUCACAGCUACAGGUAUUCGGGUUUUGGCAGUAGGAACGAAUGGAGCUGACCAGGAACAGCUACGUAGAAUAGUCUCUGGUCAGAGCCCGCGGAACGUCUUUUACACAGCGGAUAGUGCAAACCUGAACAGCCUCAUGGAUCCUAUGGCAGAGGCGAUAUGUACGGUCACCCAAGUGGAAGAGCCUUGUACGGUGCAAUGCCCGCAGGGCGAGAGAGGUCAGAAAGGAGAAAUAGGGAGCAGCGGCCGCCCAGGAUCAACAGGACCACCAGGAGACCCCGGUCGACCAGGUCCCCCUGGUCCACAGGGGCCAGUUGGACCCCGUGGCCCUGCUGGAGAGGGUACAGCCACAAGAGGACAGAAGGGAGAAACUGGAGAGCCAGGAGGUGAUGGUCUCCCAGGAAGUCCCGGCCGCCCUGGUAGUAAUGGAACGCCUGGCACCCCGGGGAGUAAAGGAUCUCAAGGCGAGAAGGGGGAAGCGGGGGAAGGCGGACCUGCAGGUCCAGUUGGUCCAAGAGGAGAGAGAGGAUUACCGGGUGAACCCGGGGAGGUGAUUAACGGCGGAGGAGGGGUGCCAGGCCGAAAAGGCGAACCGGGCAAUCCGGGAACUCCUGGUCAGCCUGGAAUCCCGGGACAGAGAGGAUUACCAGGAACUCUAGGACAACCUGGACCAGAAGGACCCAGCGGACCUCCAGGUGUUUCAGGACAAUCAGUGAAGGGAGAAAAAGGAGAACGAGGUGAGAGAGGUCUUCCAGGAUUAGUCAAUGGUGUGGCCAGCAAGGGAGAGCCGGGAAGUCCAGGUCCGCCUGGUCAAAACGGAUCACCAGGGCCCCGGGGGCUAGCAGGACUUCAAGGACUAAAAGGCGACAAGGGAGAGGCAGGAGAAGGCUUCCCCGGUGAACAAGGACGACCCGGAGAUCCAGGUGAUCGAGGGCCCAGAGGACCUCCGGGAGAACAAGGAAUAAAAGGUGACCGUGGACAACCUGGCCUGGAUGGAGACCCUGGAGUGAAGGGAGAUCGAGGUUCUCAAGGAUUUCAAGGGCUUAAGGGAAAUCCAGGACAAAACGGUCAGCCAGGUCCAUCCGGACCCUCGGGGCCUUUAGGACCGGCGGGGCCACAAGGAGAAAAGGGUGCCCAAGGAGCUCCGGGGGAGCCUGGCACAUCGGUUUCCACUGCGGCUGGGAUGAAAGGAGAAAAGGGCGAUCGUGGUCUGCAGGGGAUCGGGGGUCCAAAAGGCUCAAGAGGUGACCCAGGAGAGAAAGGCGAGAGAGGUCCGGAAGGAUUCGGCUCUCCUGGGCAGCCGGGAGCUAAAGGAGAAGCAGGGGAUAGGGGACCCAUGGGUCCGGCUGGAAGAGCAGGUCCAAAGGGAGAACCCGGCGAUUCGGGGCAGAAUGGAGAACCCGGAAAGCAAGGUCCUCCAGGACAAAUUGGGCUUCGGGGCAAAGAAGGAGAAAAAGGAGACAAGGGAGAAGAAGGGACGCCGGGAGAAUCGGGUAUUUCAGGCAGGAACGGAGAAAGGGGCCCAAGGGGUCUUCCAGGAGUAAGAGGCAACCCAGGAGAGAAGGGGGAUCCAGGAGAACCUGGGGAGACAGGGAGAGACGGGAGCCCCGGCGCUGGUGGCAGUAAAGGCGAACGCGGUGACUCCGGGCCCCAAGGACUUCAAGGACCCCCAGGAAAACCAGGUACCAUUGAGUCUAUGGUUCCGGGACUGAAAGGUGACAAGGGUGAUGCGGGUGACCCCGGAGAACAUGGGAUGAAAGGCCUGAAGGGGGAAGCUGGUGUAAACGGUCUUCCUGGAGAGCGGGGUUUGGAAGGAACCAGAGGGCCACCUGGAAGUCGGGGGGAUACUGGAGAUCGCGGCGCUCCAGGUGACAAGGGUGAACGUGGACCUCCAGGAAGUGAUGGAAGAAAUGGAUUUGAUGGAAAACCGGGACAACCAGGGACACCAGGACUGAGAGGUGAUGCCGGGAAACAGGGAGAUCCAGGUCGAGAUGGUCUUCCAGGACUAAGAGGAGAGCAAGGACCCCCUGGACUAAUCGGACCAGCUGGACCACCAGGAGUACCGGGAAAACCCGGAGAUGAUGGGAAGCCUGGUCUGAAUGGUAAAAAUGGGGAGGAUGGUGCUCCUGGAGAAGAUGGCAGGAAGGGUGAUAAAGGUGAAGCUGGUCCUCCAGGGAGAGACGGUCGUGAUGGUACCAAAGGAGUUCAAGGAGAAGUAGGCCCACCAGGUCUAGCAGGGGUACCAGGGGUUCCAGGGCCACCAGGAAUAGUUGGUGCUCCAGGACAGGGAAUCCCUGGAGUUGCUGGCCCAGCUGGAUCAAAGGGUGACCGAGGUGAAGCAGGACCUAAAGGUGAACAGGGACGGCCUGGAGAAAUGGGUCUGAAAGGGGAGCCUGGAACUGCUGCAAAUGUAGAGAGAUCUCUGAAUGCUUUGGGAAUCAAGAUUUCUGCCCUGAAAGAUGUCAUUGAUGUCUUCGAUGAUGGCUCCGGAAUAUCCGUCCUUCCUGUCUCAAAGAAGGUUAAGGGAGAACCUGGGGAACCGGGAGAGAAAGGAGCUCCAGGCAGAGAUGGAACAAUGGGAUUUCCUGGGGAGAGAGGACAGAAAGGAGAAAACGGAGAUCAAGGUCCUCCUGGACCACAAGGCCCUAUCGGACGUGCUAUUGGAGAGCGAGGUCCUGAAGGCACACCAGGGCAACCUGGAGAAGCUGGAAAACCUGGAAUUCCAGGAGUACCAGGGAGGACCGGAGAAACUGGAGAACAAGGAAAAUCAGGAGAGAAGGGUGACCGGGGAGAGAGAGGAGAACGAGGAGAAAGUGGCAAGGAUGGAGCAAGAGGACCUAUUGGACCCCCAGGACCUAAGGGGGAAGCAAUAGAACUUAUUGCCACCGGGCCACGUGGAGAAAGAGGACUACCAGGACCGAAGGGAGCCAUGGGUGACCCAGGAGAAGAUGGUGUGAAAGGACCCAAAGGAGAUAAGGGAGUAGAAGGUUCUAAAGGAGACAGAGGUGACCCAGGAGAGAAGGGCAAAGAUGGCUCCCCAGGGCUCCAAGGAGAGCGAGGACUAGCAGGGUCUGAAGGAAAACCGGGCGAGAAGGGCAAUAGCGGGCUUCCAGGCCCGGCUGUAAGUAAACCCCAUUGGAUAGCUGCAGUUUGGGCUCAUGACUUGAGCUGCCUGCUCUCAAUGGCUUUGCGCACUUACACUGGUCUCUUCGUGCGGUCAUUCUUGGUCCCUUUAAUUGGGUUAAUCUGGGUUCUGGGCGCCUCCUCUUCUCUUGCACUAAUGAUUGGGCUUGAAUUAAAUAUCCGCAGGGUAUGCCAGGCUUCCCAGGAGUGCUCGGCCGACCGGUAGGUGUUUCUCAUUGCCUCUGCUUUCAUUUCUUGCAUGUGGCAUGUCUGCAGAUUGUAUGUGCUUCUGUAAUAAAUGUCUGACACAAGAGGCCCAGCAGAUCUUUACAUUGUUCAUUAAAAAACAUAUCCUUAUAUUAUCCUAAAUAUGUAAUUUUUCCAU